CAACUGCCGGUCGAGAAUUCUAGUCGGUGGUCAAACCACAGAGAAGGGCAUUUAUCUUUUUUAUUUAUACAACUCGUUUACAAAAUGCCUGGAUACUCCGACAGAGACCGCGGCCGAGAUAGAGAUAGAGGCUAUGGCAGCAGUGGCGGUCCUCCUCGCUUUGGAGGGAGCCGUGGAGGAGGAGGAGGCGGCGGAGGAGGAAAGUUCGGCAAUCCCGGUGAACGUCUGCGGAAGAAACAAUGGAACAUGGACGAGCUCCCGAAGUUCGAGAAGAACUUCUACAUACAGCAUCCCGACGUUGCCCGGAGGUCUCAGCAAGAUAUCGACAACUACAGGAGGUCCAAAGUGAUUACAUUCAGGGGGAGAGACUGCCCAAAUCCCAUUGCCAAGUUCCACGAGGCCGCCUUUCCAUCAUAUGUAAUGGAUGUGAUCAACAAACUGAACUGGAGCGAACCAACUCCCAUCCAGGCUCAAGGCUGGCCCCUGGCCCUCAGUGGCAAGGACAUGGUCGGCAUUGCACAGACCGGCUCUGGCAAGACUCUUUCCUAUUUGUUGCCUGCAAUUGUGCACAUCAACCACCAGCCUUUCCUGGAGCGUGGAGACGGCCCCAUUUGCUUGGUGUUGGCCCCGACUCGUGAGCUUGCACAGCAGGUGCAACAGGUGGCUGCUGAAUAUGGCAGAGCUUCUCGUCUGAAGACGACCUGCAUCUACGGAGGGGCACCCAAAGGACCCCAGAUCCGUGACCUGGAAAGAGGUGUGGAGAUCUGCAUCGCCACUCCAGGCCGCCUCAUUGACUUCCUUGAGUCCUCAAAGACCAACCUCCGUCGGUGCACCUAUCUCGUGCUGGACGAGGCCGACAGGAUGCUCGACAUGGGCUUUGAGCCUCAGAUCAGGAAAAUUGUUGACCAAAUCAGACCUGACCGUCAGACUCUGAUGUGGAGUGCCACUUGGCCCAAAGAGGUCCGCCAGCUGGCAGAGGACUUCCUGAAGGAGUACGUCCAGAUCAACGUCGGGGCCCUGCAGCUCAGUGCCAACCACAACAUCCUGCAAAUCGUGGAUGUGUGCAACGAUGGAGAGAAAGAGAACAAGCUCAUCCGUCUGCUUGAGGAAAUCAUGAGUGAGAAGGAGAACAAGACUAUCAUCUUUGUAGAGACAAAGAGACGCUGUGAUGAUCUCACCAGGAGGAUGAGGAGGGAUGGGUGGCCAGCUAUGGGAAUUCAUGGAGAUAAAAGCCAGCAGGAAAGAGACUGGGUUCUCAAUGAGUUCAAAUUUGGAAAGGCUCCAAUUCUCAUUGCUACAGAUGUAGCCUCCAGAGGUCUAGAUGUUGAAGAUGUGAAAUUUGUCAUCAACUUUGACUACCCCAACAACUCUGAGGACUAUAUCCACCGCAUUGGCAGAACAGCUCGUAGCCAAAAGACAGGCACGGCUUACACCUUCUUCACUCCGAACAACAUGAGGCAGGCCACUGACCUCAUCUCUGUGCUCCGCGAGGCCAGCCAGGCGAUCAACCCCAAGCUCCUCCAAAUGGCGGAAGACAGAGGAGGUCAUUCAAGGGGAGGCAGAGGUGGUGACUACAGGGACGACCGACGGGAUAGGUAUUCUGGAAGGCGUGAUUUUGGCAGUUUUAGGGACCGGGAUAAUGACAGAGAGUUUGACAACGGACCAACUGAAGCCUUUGGCACGACUACACAGAACGGAGGCUACGGGGGUGAAGCCGUCGGCGACGGCUUCACUCCAGCCAGCUUCAACGGUAAUGGACAGUCCAGCUUCAACAACCAAGCCGGAGCCUUCGCAGGCCAGAAUUUCCAGGCCGCACAGACUGGUGCGACUCAUCCCCCGUUCCCCUUCCCCCAGGCACAGGCGGCGCCACAGCAGCACCCUUCACCGCUGGUGCCGUACGCCAUGCCCCCUCAGUUCGCUCAGUAAACUCACCGCACACGUGAAAGAAGCAAUUUAUUGCUUAUUUUUGUCUUGAGUUCUACACUUAUAAAAAAGUUUUUUUUUUUUUUUGUGUAUUAACACAACAGGGUUACAAACGACAUCCGCCUCAAGCCUUCUUAAGAUCUGCAGUGCAACAGUAGUGUUGCAGUUUAUUUUCCUUAUUACUAUUUAAUUUGUUACAUUCCCGCAGUAAUGUUUAGUUAUGUUUUGUACUAGGUAAUUACAAAUGUAUUGGUUUUUUCAUGUGUAUCAUUGAAAGUGAUGUUAAGCUCCUAAUUGGAUGUGCACUGCAUGAUCUUUCAAAUAAAACAUAAAAAGAG